AUGGAGAAGCACAAGCUGCAGCCAGGGGAGGAGGCCAAAAUACGGGCCAUCUUCUUCUUCAUCGGGCUCCUGCUGAGUCUACCAUCCCACGUCAUAGUAAACGUAUCCUUCCUCAUAAAUCGUAUCUACAAGGAGGAAAUUUUUGUUAUCGUAAUGGGAAUCGUAUCUGGAUGCAUGAUCAUUUCUUCAGUUUUUCAAUUGACCUUCGAAAGGACAUCCUUCAAGUCCAUCAUGUUGUUUAAUUCGUUAAACACAGCCAAUAUGUUGGUCCUCCUAGUAGGUAUCUGUUUCUUCAAAUGCUCCAAAUAUUAUGUGUACGUGAUCUGUGGCACCAUUGGCUUGUUUAUUGGUUACCUUUAUUCAGCUUGUACAAAAUACUCUCUCCUCAUGGCGAUUAAAGUAAAUGGGUAUAUGAUUACAGGCAUCAGUUUCAGUUCUCUCUUUUUUUUUGCAAUAAAUCUGUUAAUGUCUUAUUUUACAAUUGAAGAUGGGAAUAUCGACUCGUAUUACAAUGCCAUAUCUUUAUCCAUUGGUACUAUAGUGUUAAUUGAAUUUUUUAUCAUCCUGUUUAUUAUGUAUGUACAAGUUAGUUCACCUUUCUUUGCUGAACAGCGUCAGAAAAUUGAGCUUGAAAUUUGUAAAAAUGUGAAUGUGGAUAAAAAUUUGAGUUCUAUUGAAAAGGGGAAGAUAAAGAAACAGAAGACUGGUUUGUCUACAUCUGAUUCGAAGUCCAAGGACGGAGGUGUGAGUUUUCCUAUCCUUACCUCUUGUAGAGAAAAAAUUACCAACUUUAAGAGUAUGUUUAACUGCACCAACAUCACCAACGGAGCUCGUCUCAUUAAGUACUACUACGUCUGCCUCAUCCCAAUAUCCUUUUCGAUUUUUGUCUCUUCCAUUGUGUACCCCCACAUGAUCCCCAACAAGCUCGAAAAAGGCGUCUACGUGAACUACCUGUUCAUGUUCUUGUACCAACUGAGCGACAUGCUCUUCAGCCUCCUCGUGACGGUCUACCUAACGGCCUUUAAUUUCCUGAAGCAAAAGUACAUUGUGAUUCUAUGCCUAAGUAGACUUAUCCUCCUCGGAAUCGCAUUCAAAAUAAAGAAUCUAGAAGAUGGAGAUUUUAUGCGCUCAAACGGGUUCGUCUCCAUGAUCAUAUUUCUGUUGGGUGCUACCAACGGCUCCUUAAUAAAUAUUAGCUACGCCAGAAUAGGUGAGUGCUUUGAAGAGUCCAGCACGAAGGAAAAAAAAAUCGCCGUGUCUUCAUCCUUUUGCGCUCUCUCUCUCUUAAUGAGUUUUGCUCUAGCGCCUUGGUUCUGCAAGGCAAUCAUUGAUUUGUGA